ACCACAUCCUCCUCUUCCUCCCCACUCUGCACAUGUGGCUGGGUGGCAGCCAGUGGCCUCGGACAGACCCACUGGCGUCUCUCUGCUGAAUGACCAUAACCUCGGCAUCUGGUCCUCUGCCUGCCUCUCCCUGAGUGUGGCUGACAGCCACGCAGCUGUGUCUGCCUGUCUGCGGCCCGUGCAUCCCUGCUGCCGCCGCCUGGUACCUGCCUUGCCGUCUCCUUCCUCUGUCUGCUGCUCUGUGGGACACCUGUCUGGAGGCCCAGCUGCCCGUCAUUGGAGUGACAGGUCUUCUGACAGCCUGAUUGGUGACUCGGGCUGGGUGUGGAUUCUCACCCCAGACCUCUGCCUACUUUCUCAGACCCUCAUCUGUCACCCCCACGCUGAACCCAGCUGCCACCCCCAGAAGCCCAUCAGAUUGCCCCCCACAACACGGAAUGGAUUUCUGAGAAAGAAGCCGAAACAGAAGGCCUGUAGGAGUCAGCAUGCUGCGUGGCUGGGCCGCCCCCUUGCUCCUGCUGCUGCUCCAGGGAGGCUGGGGCUGCCCCGACCUCGUCUGCUACACCGAUUACCUCCAGACGGUCAUCUGCAUCCUGGAGAUGUGGAACCUCCACCCCAGCACGCUCACCCUUACCUGGCAAGACCAGUAUGAAGAGCUGAAGGACGAGGCCACCUCCUGCAGCCUCCACAGGUCGGCCCACAAUGCCACGCACGCCACCUACACCUGUCACAUGGACGUAUUCCACUUCAUGGCUGACGACAUUUUCAGUGUCAACGUCACAGACCACUCUGGCAACUACACCCAGGAGUGUGGUAGCUUUCUCCUGGCUGACAGCAUCAAGCCGGCUCCCCCUUUCAACGUGACUGUGACCUUCUCAGGACAGUAUAAUAUCUCCUGGCGCUCAGAUUAUGAAGACCCUGCUUUCUACAUGCUGAAGGGCAAGCUUCAGUAUGAGCUGCAGUACAGAAACCGGGGAGACCCCUGGGCUGUGAGUCCGAGGAGAAAGCUGAUCUCAGUGGACUCAAGAAGUGUCUCCCUCCUCCCCCUGGAGUUCCGCAAAGACUCGAGCUAUGAGCUGCAGGUGCGGGCAGGGCCCAUGCCUGGCUCUUCCUACCAGGGGACCUGGAGUGAGUGGAGUGAUCCGGUCAUCUUUCAGACCCAGUCAGAGGAGUUAAAGGAAGGCUGGAACCCUCACCUGCUGCUUCUCCUCCUGCUUGUCAUAGUCUUCAUUCCUGCCUUCUGGAGCCUGAAGACCCACCCAAUGUGGAGGCUAUGGAAGAAGAUAUGGGCCGUCCCCAGCCCCGAGCAGUUCUUCGUGCCCCUGUACAAGGGCUGCAGCGGAGACUUCAAGAAGUGGGUCGGUGCUCCCUUCACUGGCUCCAGGCUGGAGUUGGGACCCUGGAGCCCAGAAGUGCCCUCAGCCCUGGAGGUGUACAGCUGCCACCCACCACAGAGCCCCGCCAAGAGGCUGCAGCUCACGGAGCUACAAGAACCAACAGAGCUGGUGGAGUCUGACCCCGUGUCCAAGCCCAGCUUCUGGGCGACGGCCCAGAACUCAGGAGGCUCAGCUUACAGUGAGGAGAGGGACCGGCCGUACGGCGUGGUGUCCAUCGAUACAGUGACUGUGCUAGAUGCAGAGGGGCCAUGCACCUGGCCCUGCAGCUGUGAGGAUGACGGCUACCCAGCCCUGGACCUGGACGCUGGCCUGGAGCCCAGCCCAGGCCUAGAGGAUCCACUCUUGGGCGCGGGAACCACAGUCCUCUCCUGUGGCUGUGUCUCAGCUGGCAGCCCUGGGCUAGGAGGACCCCUGGGAAGCCUCCUGGACAGACUAAAGCCACCCCUUGCAGAUGGGGAGGACUGGGCUGGGGGACUGCCCUGGGGUGGCCGGUCGCCCGGAGGGGUCUCAGAGAGUGAGGCGGGCUCACCCCCGGCUGGCCUGGAUAUGGACACGUUUGACAGUGGCUUCGUGGGCUCUGAGUGCAGCAGCCCUGUGGAGUGUGACUUCACCACCCCCGGGGACGAAGGGCCCCCCCGGAGCUACCUCCGCCAGUGGGUGGUCAUUCCCCCGCCACUUUCGAGCCCUGGACCCCAGGCCAGCUAGUGCGGCUGACUGGCUGUCCAGAGCUGGCCAGGCCACUUGAGCUAUGAUGUGAAGACACAUGUAGCCUUUGGUCUCCUGGAUGGGCCUUUGAGCCUGAUGUUUACAGUGUGUGUAUGUGUGUGCGCGCACGUGCACGUGCAUAUGCGUGCGUGUGUGUGCAUAUGCGUGUGUGUGUGCAUAUGCGUGCGUGUGUGUGCAUAUGCGUGCGUGUGUGUGUGUCUUAGGUGCGCAGUGGCACGUCCACCUGUGUGUGUGAUUGCAUGUGCCUGUGGGCCUGGAAUAAUGCCUGUGGUACUCCAUACAUUCACCUGCCCUGUACAUAUCUGGGCCCACGGAGCUCACCCAUGUGCACGAGUGUGCACAGAAAACAUGUCUGUGGUCAACAGAUGACAACAGUCAUCUUCCCUUCUAGGGUCUUGUGUUGCAAGCUGGUCCACAGUACCUCCGGGGCUUUGUGGGAUCAGGGCAUUGUGUGACAGAGGCCGAGUCCAGCCCUCCAGCUUCUGCCUCCAGGAGCUGCAAGAAGUCCACGUUGUUCCUUAUCACCUGCCAGCAGGAAGGGAAAGGGGAUGGAGUGAGCCCACAGUGACCCCGGGAAUGGGAAGAUUUUGGGUGGCCCAUGGAUGAAGGUCUGAAUACCGACUCUGAUACCUUCUGGCUGUGCUACCUGAGCCAAGUCGCCGCCCCUCUCUGGUCUAGAGUUUCCUUGUCCGGACAAUGGGGAAGGCAUGACCCACCUGGGGGAAAUUGGCAAUGUCACCCAUGUACAGUACACAGCCCAGAGCAGACCCUCAAUAAACGUCAGCUUCCUUC